AUGUUACGCUAUUUUGUGUACUUAUGUCUCGUGGCUGCUGCUAGCGCCCAAGGUGAAGGCUACAAUUAUGCCAGCGCCAGCGCACCCGAACCAAAUGUAUACAUUGCUCCGCCCGAUCCAGCACCCGCCACUGUACAAAUUGCACCUGCUGAACAAUACGCCGAUAAUGCACCAAUUGCUGCCGCUUCACACCACCACAUUCAGCCAGCCGCAUCCGCGCCGGUGCAAACUGCGUACCGUAAGGACUUUUACUAUUUCAGCACCCCUUCCGAAACUGCCGUUCAUCGACAAGUCGCACAAGCUUCAGAGCCAGUUGCCACAGUGAAAAAGCACUUGAAUGUGAUUGUGAUUAAUGCACAUGAAAGCAGCAAACCACACCACCAACAGCCAUUGCAGAAUACCGUAUCACAGUCUGUUGAAGAAACAAAAAAUCAAAUUUACGUACUCAGCAAAGAGCCAAGUCGUAGCGCACCAAGGCCAGCCGCCUCACAGCAGCACAUCACCACCACACACCAAUCACACAUACCGGAAGUGCACUUUGUAAAGUAUAAGACACCCGCUGAGGCGCUCCAACUGCAGCAACAGAUUAUACAACAGUAUGGUGGUGGCAAUGUUGUGGACUUGGGCAAACAGGUGGCUGCUUCCAACGUAAAUAGGCGGUACCUCGCACCAGCGGCAUCGAAUGUGAAUAAUCAAUACCUCGCACCAGCUGAAACGGCCGAGUCUGCACCUGAGCCAUCAAACGCCUACAUUCCACCGAGAUUUUUCUUCAAACUAUAAGCGAUAGGAAAUGUGCAUGUAGUUGUUAUUUUAUCCUUUUUAGUCAUUUUAUUGCAACGUAAGAUAUAAGUUAUUUUCAUUAAGCUCUUCGUUUCAUUGUGUACUUUUUUCCUUUUAUCUCCUGAUUCUCUGUGAGAAAAUCUAUGUAUGUAUUCAAGUUGUUUUCCAAGAAAAAUUACUUAGUUGAAAUAAAUUCCAGAAUAU